CCCGGUGACUACAAGCCCCAUCCUGCCCUGCGCUCAUGCCCAUUACGCCAGAGCAAGAUGGCCGACGCGGUGGCCACUGCCGGGGCUGGCAGCUCCGGAACGAGAUCAGGAAGUAAACAGUCCACUAACCCUGCUGAUAACUACCAUCUGGCCCGAAGGCGAACCCUGCAAGUGGUUGUGAGCUCCCUGCUGACAGAGGCAGGGUUUGAGAGUGCUGAGAAAGCAUCUGUGGAAACAUUGACAGAGAUGCUGCAGAGCUACAUUUCAGAAAUUGGGAGGAGUGCCAAGUCUUACUGUGAGCACACAGCCAGGACGCAGCCCACACUGUCAGAUAUUGUGGUCACACUUGUCGAGAUGGGUUUCAAUGUGGACACUCUCCCUGCUUAUGCAAAACGGUCUCAGAGGAUGGUCAUCACUGCCCCUCCAGUGACCAAUCAGCCGGUGACCCCCAAGGCCCUCACUGCAGGACAGAACCGGCCCCACCCGCCACACAUCCCCAGCCAUUUUCCCGAGUUCCCCGACCCCCACACCUACAUCAAAACUCCGACGUACCGUGAGCCUGUGUCGGACUACCAGGUCCUGCGGGAGAAGGCCGCGUCCCAGAGACGAGACGUGGAGCGGGCACUCACCCGUUUUAUGGCCAAGACCGGGGAGACCCAGAGUCUUUUCAAAGAUGACGUCAGCACGUUUCCCUUGAUUGCUGCCAGGCCUUUCACCAUCCCCUACCUGACCGCUCUUCUUCCGUCUGAGCUGGAGAUGCAACAAAUGGAGGAGACGGAUUCCUCGGAGCAGGACGAGCAGACAGACACAGAGAACCUCCCUCUUCACAUCAGCACGCCGCACCUUGCAGCUUGGGGGAUCUUAGUUCCCCAACCAGGCAUCAAACGUGGACCCCUCACGGUGGAAACGUGGAGUCCUCACCACCGGACUGCCAGGGAUGUCCCUUAUUUGUUUUUUUAAAAUAAAAGAAAUAACAGGAUGUUUGUAUGCUGAUGAAAAUGAUCUGGUAAAGUUGAUGCAGGAGAGAAAGAAACAUUUUGGAAUGAUGAUCUUUGGUGAGGGAGAGGGCAUGGGAUUCAGUGCCCAAAAGGAGGGGUUAGCCUUAUUGUGGACAUAUCAGAGCCAGGAUAGGAGAUAAAAUGUGUGGGCACAGAAACAAAGGUCGGCGGGGAGGUGUGCUUGUUGAAACUGGUGGGUGUUCUUUUCUGGUUACGCUGUAUUGUACUCGACAAGUAAGAGGAUAAGACCCACUCUUGUUCAUGCAUCAGGGGAGAAAGUGCCAAGUAGAGUCACAGACCUGCUGAAGCUCUAAUGCCUUUAAAGCUUCCAGGACCCUAAGAGUCAGGUUACCACAUUCAUCCAUCCUUUAAGGUUGGCCCUGGCUUUUAAGCAAGGGAUGGCUCAGUGAUUGUAGCUGGACUGAGGGUUCCUCGUGUUCUCUGAGGUGUGAGGCCCCAGGAUGCAGGUGCAGAGUGCCAGUGCUGACUCUAGUAUUUGCUGAAGGUCUCCCGAGCCUGAACACACAUUCCUUUAAUGUUGAAUUAUUCCUUUCAGAUUAGGGCUGGGAGCCCAUGGCUCUACAUAGAGCAGAGGAGCUUUGUUAUUCUACACUUCUGUUUUGGACUCAGUUAAUUUGGUCUGAGAUAUGGUGAUUGUGGCACGGACUAAGAUGAGGCUCACCUUAUGAGAAGGUGGAGUCUUCUGAACAAACAUCACUGUUCCUUUUUAAGUACAAAGCAGCUAAAGGGCUUGCAGGUGUGUUAUCUAAAACUCCGGGUAAUGUAAUGACAUAGGUGAGGUCAUGGCGGUGAGUGAACCGAGGCUGAAAGGAGGCCAGGAACUGCCUGAGGCCAAGCCAGACAGGAAGAGUAGAAAGAUCUGAGCCUCAGAGUCAGACUGGCCUGGCCGCACAUCCAGACCAGGGUACUUUCCAGCUCAUGACCCAGCAUCUGAGUCUGUUUCCUCGCAAAUGCAAAUAGGAGUAGGAACACCUACCUCAAGGGGAAGUGAGGAGCCUGAGAUAAAAUGAGCUCAUCCGUAUCAGGUGCCUGGCACAUGGCCGCUCAUGGUACCCACUGCCCCCCUCCCCCUGCCCCUGCUGUAUGACCACAUGCUCUUCUGUACAAAAUAAAUAAAUAAAAAGACUUCAGGAAAAGGAUUCCAGCAACAAUUUAUGACAGUCAGUUGGGCUUGUUAUUUCGUUGGACUGGCAAAUACAAUCAUGUUUAAGACUCAGAAUGUACGAAAAGAUGUAUGGUGACAGUCUUUCACCUGUCCUUGUUCCCUGUCAUCCAUUUUCCCUCCUACAAAGCAACCAGUGUCACCAGUCUCUUGUGAAUCCUUCUAGAGAUGUUUUUUAAUUGUUAUUUUAAGCACAAACAGUGCUUUCCCCUUGCUUGCUUUCUUUGUGGCGAUAUCUCGGUGGUCGUUGCACGCUGUAUGUGAGGAGCUGCUUCAUCCCUCCGCAUAGCUUCCUCCUGUUGCAUUGUGUGGACUUAGUGAGCCAGUCCCCUGUGGAUGUUUACGUUGUUUUCUGUCAUUAGCAUUUACAGACAUUGUUACGGGAAGUUCAAUAACUGGUGUUUUAAAUUGUUCUUUUAUCUAUCAAGGUCACAGCUGUCAAGGACUGUUGCUAGGUAGUUACUUUGUUUAACUUGGUUCUGGUUACUCCAUCUAGGAACAUGAAGGGGCUAUUCAUUUUGUUUAUUUAUUUAUUGGCCACACUGCGCAGCACGUGGGAUCUUAGUUCCCUGACCAAGGAUCAAACCUGCGCCCUCGGCAGUGGAAGCGUGGAGUCUUAACCACUGGACCGCCGGGGAAGUCCCAGGGCUAUUCAUUUUUAAUUGGUGUAUCAGAGGAUUCUUGUCUGAUACAUUUCAACGAGCUGCCUUCUGCAGGCAAUCCCAGUGUCUCAACUUUUACUCUUUUCUGAACAAUGCACCAUUCAUGUCCUCAGCAAGUGUUUGUUUAGUACCUGGUAAGUGCCAGAUACUGUUCUGAGUGCUUGGGACACAUCAGUGACCAGAACAAAGACUACAGCUGCAUCUCGGGAGCCUGUGUGUUGGCAGUGGGGGAAUGACCACAGACGUAAUACAUAAAUGCAUCACUAUAUAGUAUGUAAAAGAUGAAAGUGCUACGGGGGGAAAACUGAGUGGGGGAGGAUCCAGGGUAAAGGGUGGAGGUUUCAGUUUUAAAUAGGGUGCUCAGGGUACACAUCACAGAGAAGGUGACGUCUGAGCAGAGUCUUGAAGGAGGUGAGAGAGUGAGCCAUGUGGAUAUCUGGGGAAGAGUGCCCUGGAAAGGGAACAGCCAGUGCAAAGGCCCUGGGGAAUAGCACAAAGGAGAGUAGA